AUGGCGGCAGCAAUGAAGGCUGUGAUGUCGCUGGUGGGAAGCCAAGGUGUUGUCUCGGCCACCGAGGUCCUCCUUGCUGCUACCGUCUUCUGCCUGGUCUUCCUGUUCAUCCAGUCCCUCCGGCAGCGUGUGCCCAAGGGGCUGAAGAACCCCCCAGGACCCAGAGGCUACCCCAUCCUUGGCAAUGUGCUGGAGCUGAGGAAGGACACGCACCUGGCCCUGACCAGGCUGAGCCAGAAGUAUGGGGAUGUGAUGGAGGUCAGGAUCGGCACCCGGCCCGUCCUGGUGCUGAGCGGGCUGGACACCAUCAGGCAAGCACUGGUGAGGCAAGGAGAAGACUUCAUGGGGCGCCCCGACCUCCACAGCUUCCAAUACAUUUCAAACGGCCAGAGUCUGGCCUUCAGCCCUGACUCAGGGGAGGUGUGGAAAGCCCGUAGAAAGCUGGCCCAGAACGCCCUGAAGACCUUCUCCAUCGCCCCCAGCCCCACCUCCUCCACCUGCCUCCUGGAGGAGCAUGUCUCCAAGGAGGCCGACUACCUGGUCACCAAGUUCCUGCAGCUGAUGGAUGAGGAGAAGAGCUUUGACCUUAACCAGUACCUGGUGGUCUCUGUGGCCAAUGUCAUUUGCGCCAUCUGCUUUGGCAAGCGCUACGACCACAAUGACCAAGAACUGCUCAGCCUGGUGAACCUCAGCAAUGAAUUUGGAGAUGCUCCUGCUUCUGGCAACCCCGCUGACUUCAUCCCUGUGCUCCAGUAUCUUCCCAGCCGCACCAUGCAGCUCUUUAAGGACAUCAACAGGCGGUUCAACUUCUUUGUGCAAAAAAUUGUCCAGGAGCAUUACACCAGCUUUGACAAGGAGCACAUCCGGGAUAUCACAGACUCACUGAUCGAGCACUGCCAGGAGAAGACCGUAGGGGCAGAUCCCCACAUCCCACUCUCCAAUGAGAAGAUCAUCAGCAUCGUCAAUGACCUCUUUGGGGCAGGCUUUGACACUGUGGCAACUGCCCUAUCCUGGAGCCUCAUGUACGUUGCCUUGUACCCUGACAUCCAGAAGAAGAUCCAGGAGGAACUGGACCAGACCAUUGGCUGGGAGAGAAGGCCGAGGCUGUCGGACCGGGGCACGCUGCCCUACAUGGAAGCCUUUAUCCUGGAGAUGUUCAGGCACUCGUCCUUCCUGCCCUUCACCAUCCCACACAGUACGACGAAAGCUACAGUAUUGAAUGGCUAUUACAUCCCCAAGGAUACCUGUGUGUUUAUCAACCAGUGGCAAGUGAAUCACGAUGAGAAGCUUUGGAAAGACCCCUCAACCUUCAACCCUGAGCGGUUCCUCAACACCACGGGGACUGAAAUAAGCAGAACAGAGGGCGACAAAGUGAUGGUUUUCGGUUUAGGGAAGAGGCGAUGCAUUGGGGAGCCCAUUGGCCGGUGGGAGGUCUUCCUCUUCUUGGCCACCAUGCUCCAGCAGCUGGAGUUCAGCCUCCGCCCUGGGGAGGAGGUGGACAUCACUCCUCAGUAUGGACUGACAAUGAAAUACAAGAAAUGUGAGUGCUUCCAGAUUAAGAAGCGGUUCCCCAUGAAGAGCUCUCCAUGA